GGGCGCAAGCGCAACGGCCGUUGAUGGCGACCGCGGCGGGCGCGCUCGCUGCCAUCCUUGGAGAUUCGUUUCCGGUCUAUAAAUACCCGGGCAAGGUGGUCUUUCCAGAUCAUCGAAACACACACAACUCCUCUUGUCGGCCAAAGUAGCUCUACUAGCAGCUAGCAACUAUGGCGUCCUCCUCCUUCUCCAAGGUGCUCGCACUUGGUGCGCUCAUCUUCUCCCUCCUUGUCACGUAUGGCUCGUGCGCUAGACCGGCCAACUUCACCGCCUCCGACUUCACCGCCGAUCCCAACUGGGAGGCUGCCAGAGCCACCUGGUACGGCGCGCCCACCGGCGCUGGCCCUGACGACGACGGUGGUGCCUGCGGGUUCAAGAACGUGAACCUGCCGCCCUUCUCCGCGAUGACGUCGUGCGGCAACCAGCCCCUGUUCAAAGACGGCAAGGGAUGCGGCUCCUGCUACCAGAUACGGUGCCAGAACCACCCUGCCUGCUCCGGCAACCCAGAGACGGUGAUCAUCACUGACAUGAACUACUACCCGGUCGCCAAGUACCACUUCGACCUCAGCGGCACGGCUUUUGGCGCCAUGGCCAAGCCCGGACGCAACGACGAGCUCCGCCACGCCGGCAUCAUUGACAUCCAGUUCAAGAGAGUGCCCUGCAACUACCCCGGGCAGAAGGUGACGUUCCACGUCGAGGAGGGCUCCAACGCCGUCUACUUGGCGGUGCUGGUCGAGUUCGAGGACGGCGACGGCGACGUGGUGCGGGUGGACCUCAUGGAGGCCAACUCCGGCUACUGGACGCCGAUGCGCGAGUCCUGGGGAUCCAUCUGGAGGCUGGACGCCAACCAUAGGCUGCAGGCGCCCUUCUCGCUGCGCAUCACCAACGAGUCCGGCAGGACGCUGGUGGCCAAUCGGGUCAUCCCGGCCAACUGGGCGCCCAACACCUAUUACCGCUCCAUCAUUCAAUAUUAAGCUCUGCUACUGCGCUCUGAUUCCCUGUCCAUUGCCUUAUUCGUUGGAACUGUAUGUAAUUGUAUCUUCUCGGUGCAUAUGAUUGCGGCGUGCCUCAACUAGGUAGUCAGUGAGACGGACGUCAAGGUUGACAUAGUAGGAGAUGCAUUCCCGCUCAUUUUGUCAAUGUAUGAAUCAGUGUGACCAAGGCUAUAUAUAAAUUAUAAGCAGCUUCUCAAUGGCAUUCAGUA